ACAGCUUCUCGCGAGUUAAUCUGAGCCUCUGGAGGUUUUAUCAGGCUCUCUCCAGCUCCUCCUCCACCUGCCUGGCCAGCCAGAGGGCCCUGGCCAGGCUCCAGGGAGCUCGCGGCUCACUUCUCCGUCCUGCAGCCCAAGCAGCCAGCCUCGCCAGGGUCUGGCACACCUUCAGUGGGUUCCAAGGGGCCAGGCUGGGGCCAGCUCUGGAGUGGGGCUCCCCAGCUCUGCAGACACUGCAAAUCCUUCUUCUUAGCACAGCUGGCAGGAUUGGGACCACUUUGGCAGCUCUGGGAAAAGGGCUUGGGACCACCUCCAGGAACACCGAAUCUCAGCCUCUCUGCUGACGUUCCCUUGGUGUGCUCACAAAUCUCUCUGAGAACAUCGCCCUGGACCCCCGAUGCGGCUGCCUGAGCAACCUGGAGAGGGGAAGCCUGAGAACGAGCCAAAGGGGGGCAGAGGAGCCCCCGGAGGGGGAGAGGAGCCGCUGAGGACCCGGGCCCCCGACUUCCCCACUUGGGAGAAGAUGCCUUUUCACCAUGUGACCGCCGGCCUGUUGUACAAGGGGAAUUACCUCAACCGAUCUCUCUCUGCUGGCAGCGACAGCGAACAGCUAGCUAACAUCUCUGUGGAGGAGCUUGACGAGAUCCGAGAGGCCUUUCGGGUUCUGGACCGAGACGGCAAUGGCUUCAUCUCCAAGCAGGAGCUGGGAAUGGCCAUGCGCUCGUUGGGGUACAUGCCGAGUGAGGUGGAGCUGGCCAUCAUCAUGCAGCGCCUAGACAUGGACGGGGAUGGUCAAGUGGAUUUUGAUGAAUUCAUGACAAUUCUUGGCCCCAAACUGGUGUCUUCAGAAGGUCGCGAUGGUUUUCUUGGAAACACAAUAGACAGCAUAUUCUGGCAGUUCGACAUGCAGAGGAUAACUCUGGAAGAGCUGAAGCACAUCCUCUAUCACGCCUUCCGGGACCACUUAACGAUGAAGGACAUUGAGAACAUCAUCAUCAACGAGGAAGAGAGCCUGAAUGAGACCUCGGGGAACUGCCAGACGGAGUUUGAGGGUGUGCAUUCCCAGAAGCAGAACAGACAGACCUGCGUCCGGAAGAGCCUCAUCUGCGCCUUCGCCAUGGCCUUCAUCAUAAGCGUCAUGCUGAUCGCGGCCAACCAGAUCCUCCGGAGCGGCAUGGAGUAGCGGCCUCCCCAGCACCUGCGUUCCUGGCUCACGCGCAUGUGCUUGCCCCGCGGGCAGACUCUUCCUCCACAAAAAAAGCAGAUACGGACGGUGCAGACGCGGCACAGUCCGGCGAAGAACCCAAGGUUGCAGUGCAACCCGUGUCGUUGCAAACCCACUUCAUCCCCUUGGCAGGUACACAAAAGGGCUGUCUUCAAUGCUUUAAUGGUCUUGUUUCCUAAUGCAAUAAAUAGCCAGGAGUUCCGGAUGAUCGCUUCGACCGCCUGUAGGAACUCUAAAGAGAAACUUCAUUUUCAUCUCGGAAUUCCCAUGGCCAUCCAGGUUGGCGGUGUAAGGGAGCAAGAGAGAGGCGGAACACGCAAUCACCUCCGCGCCCCGUUCUUUCAACCCAGGGGUCAACUGGAGACUCCCUCCCUGCCCCACCCCAGGGCAACCCUCAGUGCCAAGAAGCUGACUUCUGAGUUGCUGCAGAAGUGGGGGCUUCCUGUCCUACCCUGGCUUUCUUCCCCAACCUAGUGGAGGCCCCCCGGCAAGGCAUGAGGGGAAAGCCAUGGAAUGGGGUGCAGCGCCCAGCGGUCUGCAAGUUGCACCCCCUGCGCUUCUGUUCUACUGCCUUUUCUACAGGACUCUUGUUGGCAGAGUUGGGGAGCUCUCGGUUUCCGUCGGCACUUGGCUUUCUGUUCCUAGAGCCCAUCGCGCACCAGCAUUUUGGAAUCUGCAGAGAGCCUUUCUCCCAGCUUUGCCGCCUGUGCUGCCAUUUAGACAAAAAAAAAGAAGCAUAACUGUGGGCAUCUCUAUCACGUAGACGCACAGACAGACGUAUAUAUUGGGCUUCUUCUUGUGUGACAUCCAUCGUCCCUAAUUGCUUUACUGCUGAUAGAAGCUUGUCCUCCAACACACAUCCCUGCCUCUUUGGGGUGGGUAGUUUGGGGAUGGGGAGGGACAUAGGCUGGUGGUGAGGAGGUAUUGCAAGCCACGCCCCAGUGGUCCAGAGUGAUGGAGUCCAAACACAUCUCCAUGCUGGGAGACCUCUGUAAGUUAAGGUCCUUGUGCAUCUCACCUUUCUCUCAUCUUCCAAUUUGCUUUCUUAGUCUGUCUUCCCAGAUAGAAAGAGAAACACCAUCCCAAACGGAAAGCUGGAAAGAUCAAACCACUGUAUUUUACGUAACAUCUUCAGGCAGUCAGAUUCUGCAACUGCCUCAUUUUCACAAGAAAACAAAAGAUGUUAAUAAGCUUAGCCAACUCGACAGGUAAAAUACUUCUGUUGGGGAAGGGAACUGAAGCCAACCCCAUUUCAGGUUUGCGAUUUCCUGACUUUUCCUAGAUGCCAUAUCCACCGCCGCUCUUCAUUCAAGCUUGCGUAGUCUGAUUAGCCAAUAACCUUUCGCUGUAAUUCUUCCCUCUGUACGUUUCCAAGCUCAGGUCUUUAUUUCUGUGAUUGGAAUUGUCUUGCUAUUCUUUCUUUCCAUUGCAUCUUAAAGCUACAAGCUAUUCCCCUCUCCCUUUUCCCUUUUGUUCAGUAUGGAGGUGCCAGAAUCUUUCCUCUCUUGCUGCAGCCGGGUGGUUUUGGGGUGCGGUGUGUGUUUACGAAUCCCUCCUCAAGCCUCCCCUCUCUCUCUGCUCUCUCCCUCUGGUCUUCUCAGGAUUGGAGCAUCCAAGGUCUCAGUUUGGGGUCUUCUUCCAAAUCACCUCUGUAAGCACUUUGGGCAACAGCCUGGGAGCAACUCUAGAAACUUCCCCACUGCAAAUACCCAUGAUGAGCACAAGUAAAACUAGGGUUUGAGCUGUAGUAUGGAGGAGGGAGCAGGUGUAAGCUCCCGGGAACCUGGGAGGUUACAAGUCCCUCUGUGAAAAUGCCUGGGGUCCCACACAUCCAGGCCAAGUAAGGCAAUGGCCUGCCUGUCCCUCUAGCCUGCCCUUACCCGCUAGACACUUCACAUCUGUCUAUCUCUCCUCUCUCCCCUCUCACCUGACUUGCUUCAGUCCCUCAGGACCAGGCUUCAGAACGAGAACAGGUCCAAAUGUAGAAUACGGAUACACAGGACAAGUUUAUCAUUAGUUUCUGCCCAAAGCAGUUUGCUCUCUCUCUUUAGGUAGGAGGGACCCCGUGAAUGACUUGGCCAUGUCCUCCUGGGGAGGGGGGUGAGAGACCCCAAGUAGACUGGAUGGAGACCCCAGGCAUGAUUCUUAAAGGACCCUGCCCUGUGAGAGGGCAGUGCUGCAGGAGAUGCUGGACUUCAGGGCAAAAAAUGAGACUUCUUUAAAGGCUACAAGUUCUUCUGCCUCCUACUGGGGAGCAGGGACCUUGAAGGAUGUGAGGGUUAGACUUCAUUGCAAGAGAAAUUAGCCGCUGUGCAAGGGUGUGAAUUAAACGGCAACCUGAAGAGACACCAACAGCCUGUUCCCCACCAAGUCCUCAACAUCCUCUCCCUAAAGAGGACCAUUUUCCUCUCUCCCAGUGAGUCCGUGGAACCGAGUCCCUCCUACCCAGGAGAAGGCAUCCCUUGUGGGUGUUGCUAGGGAGAGAGGGUGAGAAAGAAGCCAUAGAAUUCUCUUUGAUGGGCUAGAAGUUAACCUCCUGCCGUGGUAACCACACACAUGGCGCCAGGAGCUGAGUGUGUGGGAACAUCCCAGAGCUAACGGCGCCCCGGAGACUCUGGGCACUGAGAUCCUGUACCUUGGCAGCUUUGCCUGGAUGGUCUGUCAACGGUGUUGGGCUGCAAAUGCUGACUUCCCACCGCUCCACCCCCAAGUUCUGUCCACACCUGUGCUACUCCAGGGCCCCAGGCCAGCGAGUGCCUUCCCCACGGGGGUUACUGUGUUCAUGGAUGAAGGUUCUAGAAGUCCUGGUCCCUCAUGUCCAAGGUGUGCCACGUGGCCCUGGCUGGAAGUGACCUUCGCAGGAACUGAGCAGGAGGAACCCAAUGCUCACUCUGUCCUCCCAGCAAAUAGACUUAAGGGUCUAUUACGGGGUGGCUGAGAGACUAGCAAACUGAGCUUGGCUCAUUCUUGCCUCCACCCCUGACCACACGAGUGAUGAUCAGGGAGGCACUUUGCUUGGGGGACAAGGGGUGCAGACCCUGACCCUUUGACCCCCAAAGAAGCUGUCUCUCAUCACUCCCAGAGCCCCCAAACAGGACCUAGCAUGGGAACUGUUAACCAUGGUUUCCAGAAUGUGCGUGGGUCCCACAUGACCUAUCUGUGUUUAAAAAAAAAAAAAAGCAUGUUGCCAUGGCAACCCUUGCAUUCCACCCUGAGUUUGCCAAGGCACACAAAAAUAGGGAACAUUUCCUUAAGGAACAAACACUUGGGUUCUGCCUGCUUGCAUCCUGACUCCCUGAAUCUGUAUCCCGGUGGUGGGAGAAAUUAGCCUCAAAGGAUCUGGUCAUUUCUCUGCCUUUUCCUCUUCUGUUUGGACCUGUCCUUCCAUUUGCUCAGGAGAACAGGAGCUACCUGUGAGCCGGGUGGUACCCUCCCCACUUCCCAGAGCCCAGAGCAAAGACCCCUUAAUCUGGGCAAAAAGGCAGAAAUGCCAUCUGGAAGACAAAAAAUAUUUUAAGCCCCAGUCUUUAAAAGCAUCUGUUUGCCUGUUGAGAAGCUCUCCCACAAGCCAGAAAUGUGAACUAAAGUGAACUGAGGUUUACAUGUGGUCUCCGGCAAGCCAGUGGUUUCCAGAGUUUCUAGGUGUUUUAUUUGCAGAGAACACGAUGUGUACACGACGUGUCUUCUUUCUUAAUACCUGCUUCCUGUCUCAAUUUUCACCCGACAAAUGGCCUCCUCUCUGCAGUUAGCCGAAAGAACCUAAUGAAAGAUGGCAAGCUUGUUUUGAUGAUCAUGCCCCCAUCCCAACCUCCCAUCCACAGAAUCACAAAAUGAUAUAUCGGACACCUGGGAGGGAAAUUUAUCUUUUAUUGCAAAUGCCUUCUCUAGGUUCAGUCCAGACUCAGGUCAUAAAUCAAAGAGAGUUUUGCUCUUAACCCACAGUUAGCAGCCUCCCUGGGACCGUAUGAGGGCAUGACCAGAAAAGUAAGGUGUGACCGCCAAGCUCCUCAGCUUGGCGGGCGUGGCCUUGUGUGGUUGGUUGCACACUGUGAAGCCCCGUUCCGCUGUGCUCUCCACGCCCGCUGAAGCUGCCAAGUUCUGCCCCUUCCAGCUGGAGGUCUCAAACCAUAUUGGGUCAUUUUACUGCACUAUUUCUCCCAAAGCCCGUAGGGAUCAUGUUAUUCAUUCUAUUCCACUAAGAUAUACAAAAGGUCUGGAACCCCACUGCAGAAAGGAGGGGCCCCCUUUUCUAUAAUGCCAUGAUGAUACAGAUAGACUUAAGCUUCUAGACUUUGGCAUAUACUGGUUGUGUCACCAGGCGGACUGCGGUGCCGUCUUCUGAAAUGACCUCAGAUCAGAGAUUUCUCAUUGGCCUCUUCUGUGAUCCUCCCAGGGCUAAGCCUCCGUAACCUAAAGGUGUUGCCAUAGCCAUCCUCCCAGACCGCCUCAACUCCCCCCCAAAAGGGGAAAAAAAAAAUCCAUCAGAAACAGAAAAGAAACAUUAUUCCGCAGCUAGGGUUUUCAAUUUGAAUUAUUUAAAGCAAUGGCAAAAUGGAGGGAGGUUCGGUCUGCCUCUAAGCACUCUGUCUCCAUGACAAUUUAAAUGUCAGAACUGUUCAGCUUCACUUCUUACUUCCUUUGACUAAGUCACUCAGGGGACUGUCCUCCGUUAUGUGGCCUUGUCAUAGACACUUGGUUUGGAGGGAAAAGGUCAGGCACUCAAACGAGCCAAGCAUUUCUCUUAGUAUCCUAUGCUCCAUGCCAAGUCCAUGGUCAUUGAAACAGCCGUGGUUUCUAUUGAAUACUGGUUUGGGACCCUCUUUAUUAGGUCUCAAGAGACAUGAUAACAAUGCUCAAAAAGACUUGCAGGCAAAAUUAAUUUGAUUCAGUUGGCUUGAAAUAUAGUCACAAAGAAUCAGGUUCUGCCAGUCUCCCAUAGACAGUCCUCUGACACUGGGAAAGACUUGCCAAGCAUCCCGACCCCGGCCUCUGCCUUGGGUAGCUAAUCCGUUGAGUCGGCCCACCAUGCUGGGCAUAGCCCUCAUCCACCUCUUUUCCUUGAGCCUGAUGGGUUGGCUUUCAAACCUGUGCUUCUCACACUGUUAGACCUUAUUGUCCAAGUGAAACAGAUGCAGAGGCUGGGAUUUUCCAGGGGAGCAGAGCAGCAGGAUAAUUAGGAAGGAAUAUUCCAGGGGCUGCAAAAUUCAAGGGUGAUGUGCUCCAUCCCUGGACCUGGGAGUGAAAAAGAAAGUUUUUAAAGGGCUGCUGAGGCUGAUCUCUGAACAUUUUCCCUGUACGUCUGGUCUACUCUGGGAGCAUACAGGGGUUUGAGUGCCGUGGGGCAGCUGCCCAACAACCUGAUCCCAACGACAUGUGCUGGGAACUUCAAGAGGUGGCUGGUAGCUUGCCUUUCCUUGGGGGGUGCUGACAUUUGCCAAGGCCAAAAUGCCUUUCCCAGGGUGCGCUGUCUGGGCUCAGACCGGUUGAACUGAGGCUAAGAGAGAAGACCUUAGCCCUAGACGUGUAAGCAGCAGUGUCAGCCAGGAAGGGCACAGGAGGCAGGACCCCAGGUGCUUCUACCACCCACCAGCCAGAUAAUUCUGAGUGACUCCCCUUCCCAGCCUCAGGUUUCUCAUCUCUAAAGCAGAGGGAAAGGUCAACCAGAUGACUCAAAGGAGCCCUCCUCUUGUGGCUCUGUCUGAAACAAAUCAAAGUGAAUGCCCACACAUUGAGAGGGUCCCUGUGUCCCCUAUGAAUUGCAUUAGGGACUGGCAGUUUCUUCUUUUUAAACACAAAUCCCAAGAGGCAGUUGUAACAAGGUAUCUCUUUAGGUGUCCGUUGUCUGUAGAUGAAAGAUGCAAAAUCAGCUUCUGUCGAGUGUGUCUUGUAGGCAAGAGGUUUUACUUACUCCCUAAGGACUUGCUGAUUCAAGGGAGCAUCCAAGAUGGGCUUUGUGUCCUGUCUGAGCCAGUGUCAAAAUGAAGGACAUGGGAUCACCUUACCACAGGUCACGUGAAUCAGAAUUCCUGCCUAAGUAGGGUGAAACAAAGCCAGAUUCCAGGAGAAGAUGCUGCUUCCCCAUCUGAAAAAGCCUAACUGGAAGUUACUGGAUAAACAGCACAACUUCUGAUCAUUUCUUUCUUUUUUUUUUCUGACCCAUGGAACAGCAGUUCCCAUAUAUAGGAGAGUGGCUUGUAAUUAUUCGUAACACUGCAGAAGGGAGUCACUAUCUCUGGGGAUUGUUAGGGAUUUGAUGAAGAGUCUGGGGAGACCAGACGCCUGUGGUGGUCCUUAGAUGGCUGAUGAGUGAUGCUGAGCACAGGCGCCUGCUUUAGAUGCGAUCCCACCACGAUGAGGGAUAAAGGGCAGAGAGAGGGCAGCUGCAGGAUCCACAAAAGUCUCCGGCCCUUCUGCGCAUGACAACCUGAAUUCCUAGAUUUCCUUUUUUUUUUUCUCUUCCCAAAGUAAAUGGAGGCAGUCAUUGUUUUUCUAGCAAGCCCUGCUGCUCCUCCCUGGAAAGACCUAGAUGGGCCAAGGAAAGGGCCCUCUCAGCUCCUGGUGGAAAUUUACACAAGUCACUGUCUCUCAGCUCUCUCCAAGGAAAAUCAAAGAAUGUUCUUUCCUUCUAACCUGGAAAUCAGGCUUCAGGGGUCUUUAAAUGGCUUCUUAGUGGGGUUUGAUUUUUCUUCCCCAACUCUGAAUCCAGGAAGAAGCUAUUUCUCCAAGGGCUAACCAAAGACAAUGCCCUUGGAGGAAAAUCAGCCCCAAAACUCUGGCCAGGGAAUGGGUUGGCAAGCUGUCAUCUGCUGGGGGUAGGGGUCUUUGUGAUCCUAGGGGUCAUUAGACUUGAGACGGGAGUUUUUUCUCAAACCACGGUGGUAAAUGGCUAGAUGCAAAUCAGAGCACAGCUGACGACUAUUACAGCCAGGAUGCCUGGAGCUUGGCAGGUCUCAUAUCCAGAAUGGGCCACUAAGACUGAAAUCCUGGGUCACGAUCUUCCCAUUUACCUCAUUCACGUUCCUUUUUUUUUUUUUUUUCAUUCAGUAUUCGUUGAUGAUUUCUGCUAUUAAAUGAUGAGAGAGUCAGCAGAUUAGUCAAAAGAAAAUCUUUAUAUAAAAUGUAAAUAUUAAUAUAAAUUAACUUGGCAUGCAACUUACUGAUCCCAUGAAGUACAUAUUAUUAAUAUGUUAUCUUAGUGUAUAAAGGAAAACUGACUGCCAUAUUUACCAGAUGUUUUUCUCUAACCAAACUUGUCUGUAAAUAUAUAAUCUGUAUAAAAAAGAGUCUAAUUUACCAUUAUUUAUGCAAUAGA